ACAGGGGCCCCCGGGGAGGGGGCAAAGGGGGGGCAGGAGGGGGGGGGGGCACAGAAGGCAAGGGGGCAGGGAGCAGGCCCGAGGGGGAGAGCAGCCCGGGCAGAGCACAGGCCCGCAGGGCCAGGAGCAGCAAGAGGGGGGCAGGCAGGGGCAAAACAGGCAGGCCAGGGGCACCCAAAAAGGCAAGGGCAGGAGGGGGACAGGGGGCAGGAGGGGGGCAACAGAGGCAGCAGCAGGAAGCAGGGAGCAGGGCAGAGACAGGCAGAGAGCAGGGGAGGGCAGCAGGGGCAGGAGAGGGGCAGGAGCAGCAGGCAGAGAGGGCAGAGGGGCAGCGAGCAGCAGCAGCAGAGGGCAAAAGGAGAAGCAGCAGCACAGGGAGGGCAGAGGCAGCAGCAGCAGAGGGGCAGGCAGGAGGGGCAGCAGAGGAGGCAGCAGAGGCAGGCAGGCAGGAGCACAGAGGGGCAGGCAGCAGGCAGAGGCAGGGCAGGAGAAGGCAGGGCAGAGAGGAGGAGGAGGCAGCAGGAGGGCAGCAGGCAGAGCAGGGCAGGGACAGAGGCAGGGGCAGGCAGAGGGCAGGGAGUCAGCAGAGCAGGAUGCACAGGCAGAGCAAGCAGCAGGGGGCAGCAAGCAGGGAGUCAGAGGGGCAGGGCGCAGGGGGCAGCCAGGGGAGGCAGAAGGCAGGCAGCAGCAGGGGGGCAGGCGGGGCAGGCAGCAGGCAGGGGGCAGGGCAAGGGAGGCAGAGGCAGCAGGGAGGGGUCAGGGGGCAGGCAGGAGAGCAAGAGAGCAGGGGGCAGGGAGGGGGCAGUGGCAAGGGGCAGGGGGGAGGGGUGCAGACAGGCAGCAGGCAGGGCAGGGCAGGGCAGGGCAGCAGCAAGGCAGGGUCAGAGGAGGAAGCAGAGGGGGGCAGGGGCAGGGGGGCAGCAAGAGGGGCAGGAUAUCAGCAGCAGGCAGGCAGUCACAGAGCAGGGCAGGCAGGGGGGAGGGAGGGGGCAAGUGGGGCAGGCAGCAGAGAGGCAAGGCAGGGGCAGCAAGCCAAGUCGGGGGUGGAGGCAGAGGGCAGGGUCAGGGCACAGGGGGGGCAGCAGGGCAGCAGUAAGGCAGGGGGCCAGGCAGCAGCAGCAGCAAUAAGGCAGCAGCAGCGAGGAGGGUGGAGGGGCAGGGGGAGCAGGGGCAGCAGGGGCAGGGGCAGUCAGGGCAGCAGCAGGGCAGGGUGCAAGAGCAGCAGGGGGGGGCAGCAGGCAGGGAGGGGGGCAGCAGGAGGGAGCAAUGGCAGGGCAGGGAGCAGGGCAGGGGGCCAGAUCAGCAGAGGGGCAUCAUGGGGAGGGCAGCAGGGGAGGCAGGGGGGGCAGGCAGGGCAGCAGGCAGGGCAGGGAGGCAAGGAGGAAUCGGGAGGGCAGCAGGGGGGCAGAUCAGGCAGGGCACAGAAGGGGGGGCAGGGCAGGCAGGGUCGCAGGCAGGGGCAGGCGCAGCAGAGUCAGGGCAGAGAGCAAGCACAGCAGCACAGGGCACAGGCAGCAAGGGAGGGGGGGUGA